UAAGGAUUUGUGUUGUAUUUAAGUUCUACAUUUUUAAGAGAUGGAUUUAGUACAACAGAGGCUAAUGCAACACGUGAUUAAAUUCCAUUAAACCUAUGUGUAUAUAUACAAAGUAGGCAAAGCAAAAGACACCCAAUUAAACCAACCACCUUCGAUCAACAAAGCAUCGUAUUCUGUCUUCCUUCAACUUCAACUUUAACAAGCAUGGAGAAGAUGGAUGAAGAGUACAAGCAUUUCUUGGAGACCAACAUGUUCCUCCAAACCCAAGAGCAUCUUGAUAGUGGCAGCAGCUGGGGAUUGGAUGAGGCGUUUUCAGGAUACUACGAUUCAAGCUCCCCAGAUGGUGGAGCUUCAUCUAAGAACAUUGUUUCUGAGAGAAAUAGAAGGAACAAACUCAAUCAAAGACUCUUUGCACUUAGAGCAGUGGUCCCCAACAUUAGCAAGAUGGAUAAGGCAUCGAUUAUUAAGGAUGCAAUUGAGUACAUACAGCACUUGCAUGAACAAGAGAAGAAGAUUGAAGCUGAGAUAAUGGAACUUCAGUCUGGAAUGCCAAAUAAUAUUAAUCCAAAUUAUGAUUUUGAUCAAGAGCUUCCUGUGUUGCUAAGAUCCAAAAAGAAGAGAACAGAUCAAUUGUAUGAUUCUCUCAAUUCAACAAACUCUCCAAUUGAACUUCUUGAGCUUAGGGUUACAUAUAUGGGAGAGAAUACAAUUGUUGUGAGCUUAACAUGUAGCAAAAGGACAGACACAAUGGUUAAACUAUGUGAAGUGUUCGAAUCUUUGAACCUUAAAAUCAUCACUGCCAAUAUCAUUUGUUUUUCUGGCAAGCUUUUGAAGACAGUCUUUAUUCAGGCAAAUGAAGAAGACAAAGAUCUAUUGCAGAUUAAGAUUCAAACAGCUAUUGUAGCUCUUAAUGAUCCUCUAAGUCCUACGAGCAUCUAAUGAAGUGCAUAUAUAGGGUUGAAGAACCUUGGCUUUCAAGUUUUAAUUAGAGUUCCUAAUCAUUGUGUUAUUUAAUUUCUUACCGCAUUUAUGCUACCGUCUUAAUUUACCAAUUAUUGAAGAGCUUUGUUAUCUUGAAAAUAUUACAAAUUUUCUUUCAUUUUCA